AUGUUAUAUAAAUCUUCCUGUUCUCUACCGAUUACAAUGACUGUCGUCGGUUGGCUUCCUUUUCUUAGCACUGCUGCAUCUUACUUAGGCAAACUUUUGGGCUUCGAUGGUCCCAUCUCGAUACCAGCAACUCUUGCUGUAUAUAAAUUUGUAUACAAUCCUGUUGGUAUUUCGAGCAGCAAUGAGCAAAUUCACAUAAAUUACUACAGCAAUUAUUAA